GGGCCCAGACAGGGGCGGCAGCGGGGCGCGGGGCGGGGUUGCGGUGGGCCCGAGCGCGGGGCGGUGGCUCAGGAGCGGGCGAGCCCACGGCGCGGCGCCCCCUGAACCCCCGCCCCCGCGCUGCGGAGAAUGUGCACCUUGGGCCGCGGGGCGCCGCCGGAGAAUAAACCCCGAUGAUUACGGACUGAGCCCCACUCCGCCACCAUGUCCGUGGCCUUCGCAUCCGCGCGGCCGAGAGGCAAAGGGGAAGUCACGCAGCAGACCAUCCAGAAGAUGCUGGAUGAGAACCACCACCUUAUCCAGUGCAUCCUGGACCACCAGAGCAAGGGCAAGACAGCUGAGUGCGCCCAGUACCAGCAGCUCCUCCAUCGGAACCUGGUGUACCUGGCCACAAUUGCGGACUCCAGUCAAAACAUGCAGUCCCUGCUCCCCGCUCCUCCAACCCAGAACAUGAACCUGGGCCCCGGAGCACUGAGUCAGAGUGGAUCCAGCCAAGGACUGCACCCCCAGGGUAGCCUCAGUGAUGCCAUCAGUACGGGCCUGCCCCCAGCCACCCUCAUGCAGGGCCAGAUUGGCAAUGGUCCGAACCACGUGUCCAUGCAGCAGACGGCACAGAGCACACUGCCCACCACCUCCAUGAGCAUGUCAGGCAGUGGCCACGGUACUGGGCCUGGCUAUAGCCACUCAGGACCUGCCUCACAGAGCGUUCCCAUGCAGGGCCAAGGUGCCAUUGGCAACUAUGUGUCACGGACUAACAUCAACAUGCAGUCCAACCCAGUCUCCAUGAUGCACCAGCAGGCGGCCGCGUCCCACUACAGCUCAGCGCAGGGCGGGAGCCAGCACUACCAGAGCCAGUCGUCCAUCGCCAUGAUGGGUCAGGGCGGCCAGGGGAGCAGCUUGAUGGGGCAGCGGCCGAUGGCACCGUACCGGCCCUCCCAGCAAGGCUCUUCCCAGCAGUACCUGGGCCAGGAAGAGUACUACAGUGAGCAGUACAGCCACGGCCAGGGUGCCACCGAGCCCAUGACCCAGCAGUACUACCCAGACGGUCAUGGCGAUUACACCUACCAGCAGUCGCCCUACACGGAGCAGAGCUACGACCGCGCGUUUGAGGAGUCCACACAGCACUACUACGAAGGCGGAAAUGCCCAGUACAGUCAGCAGCAGGCUGGGUACCAACAGGGCACAGCCCAGCAGCAGACGUACCCCCAACAGCAGUACCCCAACCAGCAGAGCUAUCCUGGACAGCAGCAAGGCUACGCUCCUGGUGUCUCCACAGGGCCUGCCCAGGGAGCCCCCUCGCAGUACUCCAGCUACCAGCAAGGACAAGGCCAACAGUACGGAAGCUACAGAACAUCGCAGACAGGGCCCUCUGCCCAGCAGCAGCGGCCUUAUGGCUAUGAGCAGGGCCAGUAUGGAAAUUACCAGCAAUAAGGGACAAGUAUUCUUGUUGGAGCCCUGUGGUAGCGUGUUCAUCUGGAGGAUGGACAGGCCGGUGGCAGUUCUGAUGAAUUGUGACAUGUCGGUUACCCUUCGCCAGUGCCACAUCUGCAUGUGAAGCGUGCUCAUUUCAUGCUGAGUACGAUGCCGAGCGUGCACUGCUGGCUCAAGACAGACAGCGCUGUGAUGGUGUAACAUAGUUGGUGCUGUGUAUAGUAUUGUAUGUUGAUACAAUGGAGAGGUCCCUUUCUUGUCCUCCAUCCCCUUCUCAAUGUUCCUAAUUCGUUUUGGGGGUCAUUUUGUCAUCAGAGAGUUCUGUGUCCAGUGAUGGGACAUAAUCUAAAAGACGCCCUAGUCCAGUGUUGACAUAAGCAGACCCUGGUUGGCUCCCUCUCCUCUUACAAUCCUGGCAAUGUACAAGUUUCUUUGACUGGCUAUGCUGUAGCCCUGGAGGACCCUCUGUCUGUGCCUUGGUUAGGAUGGGGGCACCCUCUGUGUCUUUUCCAUGGUAACAAGGAAAACACGUUUCAUCUGGAGAGGCUGCAGGCCGUCAUCUCCAGACCUCGCAAUGCCAGUUAUCCCAGAAGGUCUGUGUUUGUAUGAAGAAGUGAGGAAGGGUCAGUGACUAUUCCGAAUAAGUACAUGUCCAUGAGGGCAAUGUGCAGGUGGCCUGUCCCAGGGAGAGUGAUGUCAUUGAAGAGUAAGGACCAUUCUCUGCCAGCUGUGCAGUCAGAACUACUUGGGCUUUCGCCCUCAUCCAUCUGGUGUCAUUUCUAGGAUUUGAAUCCUAAGUUUAUAGAUAAAGUAUUAACACCGAAUUUUCCAAACAAGUGGCAAGUUGCUUAUUUUAUGUAAUUUCUUCCAGGACCUACUUGUUCUCCAAGUAAGUAUACCUUUUCUUUUAGGGAUAUAUGAAACCCACAUCCUAUUUUUUAAAAGAAUCCCACUAGCCUUAUUGCAUUCUUUCAAAUGAAAAGUAAAGACUUUAUGUAGUGAAAUUUGAAUAAGUUUUACAUGCCUAGGACAUUCAAUCCCAUUUAAAUUUUGUGCAAACAUUAAAGACAACUCACUUGGAAAAUUAUGGUCAAGGAAAAAGCCUACAUUUCUACUAAAAAAAGUAUGGACAGUUGAUCAACCUUUACUUGAAUAAUCACCACAUGUACUAUGAAUUGAUUUUAAAACAUCUUCAAACAAAUGCUGAUGUAUUCCUGAGAACUACAAGGAAAACACAAAACAUAACGAGUAUUCGCCAUGUCAGGCCAGCUGAAGCUGAUAUUUUUCUUUAAUUGGUAAAUUUUGUUUUAAAAACGAAUUCUUCACCCAGAGUUGGGUGCUGUAGAAUUUAAAAGGUACUUUUCUGGGAUUGCUGCUUGAGUUAGUCCUGGCACCAUGCUGGGCAAUGUGGAGCAGCACUGCUGCACUUACAGGUGAAGAGCGGGCUCAGCGGGAGGAGCAUCUGCGCAUCCCCUGCAGGCGUCCACGGUGAGGCUCCAAUGCGCAUCCCCUGCAGGCGUCCACGGUGAGGCUCCAAUGCGCAUCCCCUGCAGGCGUCCACGGUGAGGCUCCAAGGCAAAUACUCAAUUACAGAAGUGGGUCCUCUCUUCUGGUCUUGUUCUUUUCUGGCAGUUUUUAUACAACCGUUCUGCGAACUCAGUUGGGGACUCAGGCUCCGCAUUGGAAAUGUUAAGCGUUUUAGGUGACUGUGAAAAUAGUUUUAUUCCUGGCCAGUCUGGGAACUUGCCUUCUACGUGUGUGUGUGAGUGUUUCUGUUUUAAGCGCUCUAUUAAUACUUUUUGAAAGAAAAGGACCCUAAAAGGUAUCACCCCAACACUUCGAUCUGAGCUGUCUUACAUUAAGAAUUUCUUGAAUGUAUAUAUUUUAAACAGCACUUUGUGAAAUCGUUUGUACAUUUUACUUCUUAAUUUAUACAUGAUUUUGGUGUUAAUACGACGGUGAGUACGUGUCU